AUGGCGACGGAGACGUCAGUGAUGGGGGUGAUCAGGGCGUCGCGACCGAGCUUUCGCAACUCCCACGACAAGGCGACCUUCGCCUUGCACGCCGCCUUCCUGGCCGCAGGCUACGCCCUCACCGCCACCGGAAGAGCUGCCUUGGCUGGGAGUCCUCCGGAGGGUGCGAUUACGAAUCUGGAUGGUUUUUUCUUUGUUUUCCGUCGAUCCAGAGGUGCUUACGCCAUUGUCCACGCUGGAAAUUCUCGCAGGUGAGGAGGAGGUGGGGAUUGAGGGGUGGAACGAGUUCGAAGAUAGCUACGGUUUCGUGUACGCGAAGCGGACCGAGAAGGGGGAAAAGAGGAGGGUUCUCGUCAAGUGUCUGCCCGUCGGGGAUGUCCUCGCAGUGGACGCCCUGUGCCUGGACAGGGAGCAGAAGGAGCCGCUCAAUCUCCAGAUCAAGUAGUGGAUCUCAACCCUUAUUCGUAUGACGAUUAUUCUCGGGACGUUGUUCUUCCAUUAGGCGCGCUCCUUCCUAGCUCCUGGUCUAGAUUUUUACCUCGUACUAGGGCUGACCCUUUCUCUUGGUUUUCUAGUGUAAAGGAUUAUGUUCCGGAAGAUAGCGCGAGGACGGGAAAUUACGAAAGAUUUUAUCAGAAUUUCAAGCGCCUGGUAGAUAGUUUCAACAAGAAUGUCUUGGCUGAGCUCGAGCUACCAGCGGAGGUCGGCCGUUCUUCUUCCACAGAGAGGUUAGCCCUGUAGACAUCCCUUCUUACUGUAUUUAGUCGAUAUAUCUCUCGGUUUCGCUGCAAUUUCCUUGUUCCGCAUCUUUUCUGGACGCCAUUUUCCCGGAGCGCCUGAACUCGUUCGUGGCUGAAAUUUAUUCUGCACGAAGAACAUCAUGCGUAGGCGGGCGUCUGACUUCGGUCUUCUCUCCUCUGAUAGAUAAUCAAAAUUUUAGGAACCUUAACAAGACGCAGUAUGAACACCUUAGGUAUUGUCGUGCAGAACCGACUAUUUAUUCACCGUGGCGGUCAGCUCCCCAAGCGGCCCCAUUACUAAUCGAUCUUGAAAGAUUCGAUAAUGAUUGUGAGAUGAUCUAAAUUUCUUGGAAAAAAUCGCUUGCAGUUUUUCAUCGAUUGCCUAUUUAUUUUGUGAACACCCUUCACACCGGGCCGUUCCUCAGCUGGCUGAAAUCAGCAUAAUGGUAGAGAGCUUUUCAAUGCUGAGGCAAGUUAUCUGCAGUUUUGAAACUCAGAACCCACCAGCAAAGACCAAUCGAAUCACUUCCGAUUUCACCCGACUUCAGGGAAGAAGUCAACGCGCUAGAAUUGCGAGGGCAAUAUCAGGCCAUCUUUUGCUGAAAACUUCUCCAAAUCAUCUGAGCUUUGAGUAUUUCAAUGUGGUUUGUUAUCAGUUCCGGUUUAUCAUUCUCAAGCUCACCAAGCUGAGACUCAAGAUGAUCCGCCAAUCAGUUGUGAGGACUGGCCUCUUCACUGGUAUCGUUGGUAUUAAGCAAUCUGAUCUUGUGGACUACAACUGGCAGCAUGGCAGCCAGGAAUGAAGACCUCCCUCCUUGGUCACUCUUUUUUUUUUUUUUUUUGGUUGGUUGCCGCUCUUUUUCUUGCUCCUUCAUCAGAACUCCGGUGUUUGCUGGUGUUAUCAGUCAUUUGAGCUGCAGGUCAACGUAUCCCAAUGAGGAGAGGAAAGUCAAUGUCAGAAUCGAGAGUGGAAUCUCGCACAGAGAGCACAACUUUCACUAUCCUGUUCAUCCUUCAAGUUCUGCAUUGACUUCUUGCUCAUUGACUUCUGCAGGGGGGAGGUACCAGGGCAUGUCCCUUCUCCGCCAGAUGCUGAAUCCCACAUCGGGACCCAACCUUAUUCCCCGUGAGUCAUUCCAAUCCAUUGGGCACAUACGCACUCAUCAUCUCCAUUGACUUCUAUGAAGAACUGGGGAUGAGGAUCCUGUGUUUCGGGGCCCACCCAACCUCUAGAAGUCAAUUUCUUGCUGCAGUGAUUCUGCUCCUUCAUCGUUUGCUGUGUUCUAGAUGAGUUGGAGAUGGGUUGACUCGCGAUUAUUUGUUUGCUUCAGGCUUGUAUAUCCCCCUGUUAUUCCUUAUUCCGGGUUUGACGAUCUCCACCCCGGGCCCGGCGCCGGCUUCAUCCCCCAGAGGUCAACGGCCGCUAACUCCCAUCCUCUUCUUCGGCCCCACUCUGAAAACCCCCAUUUGACAUCUCUCUGCUCUUCGUUUGGCAUCCAGGGGGCGGCCUGGGGACGGAUCGAUGCUCGUGGGUAUGCCCACUCCCAAGAUCGUGAUUUUCUGGCCAAAUUAUUAUUAUUUUCUUUCUCAUAAAGUUAAUUUUCUCCCUUUUCUUUUUUUUUUUUUGGUUGCAGGGCCUCAUGACCCCCGUUUCGGCCGAGUAGAUCGCCCGGAUCUUGGAUACCCUGGAGGGCUAGCGUAGGCUCUGGAGCAGAAAUGGUUUGAAUUUUUUUUUGGGACACGUGGCUGACAUCCAUUGGUCGGUGAACAGGGGAAUCCCACCUGGCGCGCGGUACGACCCCAUUGGCCCUCCCGACGUCCCUGGCUUCGAGCCCGGUCGCUUCGUCAGGUAUCCAAGUAUACGCAUAUAAUUAAUAAUAUAUUUAUAUGAUUAGGGGGCUCCUGCUUUUGCUGGGCUUUUUAUGGGGGCCGGGCCCGGCUUCGAAGUGGGCUUUUGGGUGUCUUACUUGGGAUUGGUUCAUGGUAGGCCCCCGCGGCGGCCCGGCGGCGGGACCCACCCCGAUCUCGAGCACUUCCAGGGGCCCGAUUACUUCUAA